UGAGCUAAAAUCUCACUCGCACAACAACCCAACCCCAGCCCUGCUGCUGUGCUGCUGGCUGCUGAGCAAAAACAAAUCCCCACAUCCCCUUCCCUUCCCUUUUCCCCAAAUCAAUCAAUCCCUCCCUCCCUCAAUCACGCGGGCAGGGCAGGCAUCCCCUCCAAGAUUUGAUUUUGCUUCUAAAUCUUUAGGGGAGGGGAGGGGAGGGGAGGGGAGGGGCGAUCCAAGAAGGAAGAUGGAUCAGCAGGAGGAGGAAGCGUCCGUCUCCGUCAGCGUCAGCGUUCCUUCCUCCUUGCCGCCGGAGGAGGAGGAAGAAGAGGAAGAGCAAGAAGAAGAGGAGGAUGACAUGGGUGCGGUGAAGAUGGCGCUGGGCCCUCAGGUUCCCCUCAAGGACCUCCUCCACCUCCACAAGGGGGAGGAGGAGGAGCAGGAGGAUGAGAGCCUCCGCAGAUGGAAGGAGCAGCUCCUUGGACCAGAUGCUCUCCACACAACCAACCUCCUUGCCCUUGCCCUUGGAGCUGAGACCGUCGAACCUGAGGUGACCAUACUCAACCUCACCAUCUUGGCACCAGGGAGGCCUGACCUGGUUUUGCCGAUUCCGUUCGUGCCUGAUGACAAGGGCCACGCCUUCGCGCUCAAGGACGGCACCGCCUACAGCUUCCGCUUCUCCUUCACCGUCUCCAACAACAUCGUGUCCGGUCUCAAGUACUCGCACACCGUCUGGAAGACCCGAGUAAAAGUGGAGAACCAGAAGGUGAUGCUGGGGACAUUCAGCCCUCAGCAGGAGCCCUACACGUACAAGGCUGAAGAAGAUAGCACCCCGAGCGGCAUCUUUGCGAGGGGCUCCUAUUCUGCUAGAUUAAAGUUUGUGGACGAUGAUGGAAAGGUGUACCUGGACAUGAAGUACAGCUUUGAAAUCAGGAAGGACUGGCCUGCCUAAUUAACAGACAACAAAGAUGAGAUGGGAUGGGAUGGAUGUUAGUUUAGGUUGUGCGGUGUGCGGAUGUUGAUAGCUGUUAGGUGAUUGAUGUUUCUUGUGUGGUAUCUAUCAGUAUCAGGGUUGUUGAUUCACUCACUCGCUUUGCUUGCAAUGAAGAAGGUGAGUGAGUACCUGACCUGGACUGAAAGUGUAUGUCUGAAUUUGCAUGCAUGUUAUUGUUAUUGUGUCCUUC